AUUAUAUGUACCACAGGAGUUCGACGUAUAUGCUCUUUCUUGACAGUUCAAUGAGGUCAAUAUGAAGAUACGAUUUGACUGAACCCAUCUUCUGAUUUAGUUCCACCACACCAACGUCGCUAUCGAUAUCUCCACCUUUAUGAGCUCGCUAUUUAAUUAAAGGUACAACAGAUAUAUAUGACAUAUUUCUAGGACCUCAUAUUGUUAUCACAAUGUAUUGUUCACACAUCUGCACCACUGCAGCCUUCCUCUUUGCUCUACUCCCCCACGGCUGGGCUUCUUUUUAUGACAAUCCUGAGGUUGAGACUCCCCCAAAGUCCGGAACUCCAUUAGACGAAUUGAAGGAGAAAUGGGAUUUUGAGUGGGCAUUUAGUGGAAUCUCAACUUUCGCUCAUCUGAAGCAUGUCAAAUGCUUAUCAACGCCCUAUGAGCCAUUUGAUAUUGGUAUCAUUGGAGCUCCGUUCGACACUGCUGUUAGCUAUCGUCCUGGCGCUCGCUUCGGCCCUCGUGCCAUCCGUGCUGCUUCAGCACGUCAAACCACAUUUCGAGGCUUCAACCACCGAGCGGGCAUCAAUCCAUAUACAGCAUGGCCAACGCUGCUCGACUGUGGCGAUAUUCCCAUCACACCCUUUGAUAACGCCCUUGCCUUGCACCAGAUGACCUCAGCGUACACUGAACUAUUAUCACGCCGGCCACAGUCGCACGCAAACCCACCCAACCACAUCCAUCCCAAACUCAUCACGUUGGGAGGCGAUCACAGCGUCGCACUGCCAUCACUCCGUGCUCUUCAAAAGACCUACAACCAACCCAUUGCCGUGUUGCACUUUGACGCCCACCUUGACACAUGGCAUCCAGGCGCCUAUCCCUCGGCCUGGGCCUCUCACCCCACCCAAGCCGACUUCACCCACGGCACCAUGUUCUGGAUCGCCAGCGAAGAAGGUCUGAUUGCCAAUUCAUCUUCCGUACACGCAGGACUACGCACUCGUCUCGGCGGAGACGAUUAUGGCGACUACAGUAACGACGAACGACAGGGAUUUCUCCGCAUUGAAGCCGACGACAUCGACCAUUUUGGCAUCGACGGCCUCGUCGAAAUGAUCAUGGGCCGCAUCGGCACCGAAGUCCCCGUCUACCUAUCUGUUGAUAUCGAUGUCAUCGACCCAGGCUUGGCUCCUGGCACCGGUACACCCGAAGUCGGUGGCUGGACCACCCGUGAAAUGAUACAGAUUCUUCGCGGAAUCGAAGAUCUUAACCUCGUUGGGGCCGAUCUCGUCGAGGUGAGUCCAGCUUACGAUAAUAAUGCCGAGGGAACCGCUCUGGCUGGUGCUCAGAUUGUCUAUGAAAUCUUGACUAGUAUGGUCAAGAGGGGUAUGAAGGAUCGUGGCGAGGAGAUUAUCGAGAGGCUCAAGCCUGGUGAUAUUAGAAAGAUGGCUCUAACUGAUAUGGUAAAGGGUAAAAAGUCACCUGGGUCGAAUCACGUCAAAGCAGAAGAAGUCAAGGAUGAGUUGUAGUAAUAAACAUACAGUUUGUAUCUAAUCUGUAACCCUC